AGCAAAAGCUCUGUUUUUCAUUUGUGAAGAGGAAGCUCAUAAAUGGCUCCUGCUCUUGCUGAUUUUUCUUUCUUCUCACAGCCUUCCAUUUUGCCGGCGUACAAGAAGAAGAGCGCCAAGGAGGAUCUAAGCGUAGACAUAGAACAAUUAGAAAUAGAGGCCCUCAGAUCUGAGAAUUUGAAGCUGCAAAGAAUUGUGGAGGAAAGCCAACGGUACAAAGCGGAAUUGAUGGCGGAUUUGGAGAAGGUGAGGAUGAGAUUGUUAAUGACGGAAGAAGCGGAGGAGCACCUCUGUUCACAGCUUGGAGAGCUGGAAGCGGAAUCAGUUCUUCAGGCGCGGGAUUAUAAUCACCAAAUCAAUUCUCUGAAACAGCAAUUGGCGCAAAUGCAAGAUCUUCUUGCACGAUUUCAACGCAAUUGCUGAUAAUGAUUUUGGUAAACACAAAAUUAAAAUUGUUGUUGUAAAAUGGAACAUUUGAUUGUGCAUAUUGUAUGUGUUGUACAAGUUUUCCUGUCAUGCGAAUCUGUGAUGAGGACUAAACUUGGGGAAUGAAUGAAAGAAAUUAGUUUUUUUUAA